UUUAUUUAUUGUAUUGUAUAUCAUAUAUCAAGAUAUUAUUUUGCCUUAUUAUCACCAAUGGCUGAUCCCAUUAGCUUAUCUUAUGAUGACUUUGUGUCUACACAUUCAAACCAAUUGUUGUCAUCAGAUGUACCGCAAAAAUUCUGGCCAACACUUUAUCGCAAAUUAAUUACUGAAACAUUUGAUGCGGGAAUUGAUUUUAGGAUAGAAAAGAUUGUCUUUGAAGAUACCAUUGAUGUCGAUGUGAUUAAUGGAGAUUACGAACAACAAGAUGGUAAUGACGACAAUGUUGAUGAUAGUCACCAAACAUAUCGAGUCAUUUGUAUUAAAGAAGAUGGUAUUGAAGUGAACGGUCAGACCAGUGAUGGUAUAUAUCUUAUCGAUCAUAUGAUUACAUACAGAACUGAAGAAAUUUGUAAUAUAUUGAUACAAAGCAAUGGAUUAAUUGAGAGAUUAUGUAAUUUAUUUGAAAUGAGUUGCGAUGCAGAUAUCGACAACAAUCUAGAGCUCAAGCAAGUGAUAGCCCGAAGAGUGGCCAAAGAGUUGUGGAAAUGGAACCAAAGCUAUUCCAUUGAGAGCCAAGAAGUGGAAAAUUCAUUACCCGUUUGGUAUCUCAUGGAUGAGUUCGGUAGUCGUAUCGGACACUCAUUUGAGGCCAACUGCCGAUGUGUUCCCUUUUAUUUUAUUCCCCAAAGAAUUGCUUAUUCAUUACUAUUUGCCAAAAGUAAUAUCUCUUUUGAAGAAGAAGUGACUCGUAAUUAUAUCGAGGGAUCACUUAAUGAGGAGUUUACUGAACACAAGGACUUGUUAUCUAAAGCAUUGAUGAUUCCCUGGAUUUACGAUGACUUAUCUCAAGUGGACUCAAACCAAACUGAACCCGACAUCGCCUUCAUUAGGAGGGGAAGAGUCGAGGAAAGUAUUGUUGACAGCAAUGCAAUGGUUUUACCGAAAUUACCUGAAAACAGAAAAUUGAAAGUUUAUUCUCAAUAUAAAUAUAUUAAUUCAUAUUUAACUAACAAAUCAUUUGAAAUGACUGAUCAUUUGUCUGACGCCGAUAUCCUAUGGUUGAGCACUCAUUUCAAAGAGUUUAGGGAACUUCAUAAUGAAAAAUCUAAUGUCUUUAUCAAUCAGUUCCCAUUUGAACACAUAAUUACUGUUAAAGAUUUGUUUGCUAUUGUUUGCAGACGUAAAAACUCUAGUGAUUCCGUAGAUGAGAAUACUUUAGAGACAAGUCCUGAAUGGUUGGCCACUACUUAUAAUUUGCAGACAGAGAUUGUUAAGUUUGUCGCUUAUUUUCAGAAGCGAGCAAAACGUCAUUUGAAUAAUCUUUGGAUUAUAAAACCAUGGAAUUUGGCCCGAAGUCUGGACACAGUUAUCACCGAUGACUUGAAUUGUAUAAUUCGUUUACGAAAUACAAUUCCUAAAGUUGUCUGUAAAUACAUCACCGAACCGGUUCUCUUUCAGAGGUCGGACCUAAACAACGCUUUAGUUAAGUUUGACAUCCGAUAUAUUGUUCUCUUGAGAUCCAUAUCACCUCUCGAAGUGUAUGUCUAUAAAUAUUUUUGGCUCAGAUUUUCUAACAAAGCCUUUUCUUUGGAUAACUUUGAUGACUAUGAAAAACAUUUCACAGUUAUGAAUUAUAAAGUAAGACCAGAAGGAGAUCUCACACCUGAUAAUCAACAAAAUAACUCACAAUUUAAACAAAUAUAUUGUAAAGAUUUUAUCCAAGAAUUUAACAAACAGUACGAACCAGACUAUGAUUGGAAUACAAUUGAAAAGGAUAUAUACAAGACAUUGAAGAUUGCAUUUGAAUGCGCGACUCUUAGACCACCUCCUCAUGGAAUUGGAGAUAAUCCUCAGUCCAGAGCCUUAUACGGAGUCGACAUUAUGUUAAAGUGGAAAACUGAUAGCCAAACAAAGCGUCGUUAUAUUCAACCUGUUUUACUUGAGAUGAAUUGGGCCCCCGAUUGUCAAAGAGCUUGUCUUUACUACAACCACUUCUUUAAUGAUAUUUUUUCGACACUAUUUCUUAAGGAUUUUAAUACAAAAGAAAAUAAUGUCAUACUUUUAUAAUUAUUAUUUUUGAAAAAAUCAAUACAUAAAUGAAUU